AUUACUUGCAUUAAAUUCUUGUCACAUUGUGUAUAUUGUAUUUAAAGCAAUUAUUAUUUAAAAAACAAAAUGCCACACGGACACUCGCACGGGCAUGGACAUGGCUGCAGCCACGAGGCCACCGAUAUCGACAAUGCACUGGAAAUGGGCAUCGAGUACAGUUUGUAUACAAAAAUUGACCUCGAAAAUACGGAAUGUUUGAACGAGGAGACCGAUGGCAGCGGCAAGACGGUCUUCAAGCCAUACGAAAAGCGUCUGGAUACAAGCAAGUUUGUGCAAAGCGAUGCCGAUGAAGAGCUUUUGUUUAAUAUACCAUUUACCGGCAACAUUAAGCUAAAGGGCAUCAUCAUUCGUGGCGCCAAUGAUAACUCACACCCAAAUAGAGUCAAACUCUUUAAGAAUCGACCUAAGAUGACGUUCGACGAUGCACGUGGCAAAGCGGACCAGGAGUUCGAGCUGUCGCGCGAUUUUCGCGCAGAAAUCGAAUAUUCACCCAAAGUUGUGACCUUUUCCUCGGUGCAUCAUUUGUCGCUGUAUUUUCCCAGCAAUUUCGGCGACGACAACACACGCAUCUAUUAUAUUGGUCUGCGCGGCGAGUUCACGGAGGCACAUUAUCACGGCGUCACCAUUUGCAACUACGAGGCGCGUGCCAAUGCCGCCGAUCACAAGGACAAAGUCUUCGAUGGCGUCGGACGAGCUAUACAAUAAAAGAUAUACAUCAUAUACAUAUAUAUAUAUAUUAGGCAGAGUAUUGAGAACUGAAGGGGGCGCAUAUUUUUUGUAAUACUAGCACUGUGCUUGAAAUUAAACCUGUACAGAUUCGAAAAA